AUGGCCAUCAUCGACGUCUUACCAGGUGUUGAGGUCACCAUCGUGUGUGAUGGUGAGCCUAUCAAGGAGCACACGGACGAAGACCUCGAAGAAGAGCCACGCACAGUCAUACGUUAUGUAGAGGCCAAGUCAGAUCAGAACUUUGGAGUCAGCAUCAAGGUGAAGCAGGGCACCACGUUCCUUGGGGAGACGUUGGCUUUCGAGAUCAAGGUCGAUGGAGGUUUCAUUGUACACCCGACUGUGUCAAAGCCGAACUGUCUUCGUCGCGACUACAUCGCUAUUCGUGAGGGCCAGCCUCUUCCCAAUGGCAAAGUGCGCCCUUUCCAGUUUACCAGUCUGGAAACCGUCAGCGACGGCCAUGUGCUUAAGGACGAGCCUUCGAAGUUGAAAGAGCUGGGAGAGAUUACUGUUCUCGUCACCCACGAGACCCGCUCCCAGGCCACACGAGCAAGCAAAAGGCCGAAAGACCUGAAGACUUGGGACUUCGUUUCCGAGAAAGCACUUAAGGGCAAGGCGCUUUCUCACUCCAUCGGCUUCGGAGAGGCUGUGAAGUCAAGUAAACACAGAGCUGUCUCCUGCAAGCCUGUCACUGGUGCCCCCAAUCCAUUUGCCAUUUUCACCUUUCGCUAUCGCUCGCUAGACGCCCUGAAGUCCAUGCUCGUCAUUCCUCGUACCCCGAGUCCCGAGCCCGAAGUACCACUAGAGCGCCGCGUACACGCUACUCCCACUCCCGAGGAGCGAGAGGAGGCAUUCAGACGAUGGCAGGCCCAAAUGGCAGCUAGCCAGGAGGGGGAAGACGCAAAGGAGAAUUUCAAGCGCGAGUACCCUGGAGGCGAAGAUCCACGUCCACGAAAGCUGGCUCGUGACGGGCUGGAGACACCCAGCUCGAGAUUGAUGAGGCAGGCGGCUUUCGCGAGGCGUCCACAGCUUCACUCGGUCGUGCUGAGGACGAUGUCAUCGUCAUCGAUUAGUGAGAUCUCCGAGAAGGAGUACGCAACGUGCUGA